AUCUAUCGUCGCCCGACGUAACGUGCGUCCACCGGGAGAAGUUUGAAAAUAAUUGUGAAACUUUAAAAAAAAAAAAAAGAAAAAAAAAAAAAAAACUUUAACGCAGGCGUUGUUUUAUUUGCUCCUUUCCGGUAACUUUGGCAGGAUUUGUACAAACAGCGGGUUGAACCGAGAAGCACAGCGCGGAGGAAGUUUAUCUCCAGGCAGCAAUGUCUUCCCCAGAAGAGGAACCGGUGGCUGACGCGUCGGCUGCUGUGUCGGCCGCCAUGUCGAUCGCUAUGGCCGUGGAUGCAAAGGCAGAUCUUGCCGCGCUGUUAGACGAAUGGGAAGCAGCACAGCGGGGCACCACAGAGCAACUGGUGUCCAUCCUUACUAAAAUAUCUGAGCUGAUAGAACGGGAGACAGGAGAGUAUCACAAAGCAGACCCCGAUCCGUUUGAUGACCGCCAUCCAGGACGGGCGGACCCAGACUGCAUGCUGGGACAACUCCUGAAGAAGCUCUUUGUGAAUGAUGACUUCACUAAUGCGCUGCUGGACACGUACAUAAUGACCAGCAGAGAGCUGAGCCUCAACACAGCCGCCUGCCGUCUGCUUCAGAACAUCAUGAUGGGCCUGGAGACCGCCAUCGUCUUCCAAGAGAAGGAAGGUCUGGUCGAGAAGCUGUUCAGCUGGACUCGUGAAGCUGAGCGACCGUUGUGCGUCUACGCCACGGGGCUGCUGGCCAGAGCCAUGAGCAACCAGGAAGUGGCAACCAGCUACAGAGAGGAGAACGCUCAACUGGUACCGAUCAUGAUUCGGCGCCUGCAUGAGCUACAAACUGAAGACGCCAAGAAUUACCGCAGUCCCACCAAGACCCCCCAGAAUCUACCUCAGGACUCUCAGUUUGAAGCCACCCAAACCUCAAGCAUCUCAGCAGACCAGCGAGACAAGACAGAGGGGGAAGAUGAGGGAGGGGAGGAAGACGGGAAAGAGAGCGACGGAGAGAGCAGCAAGCCAGUGUCGAAGGCCAGUACCAAACCUUUGUCCCUGCUCGGAUCAGCCCAGAAAAAUGGUGGCUGCAGCAGCAGCGGUGGAUCCAGCUCCACCCGACUGCUUCCAGACUUUGUUUACCAAGCGAGCCCAGACCCUGCCUCCAGGGAGACAGAGGACAGGCAGGGAGGAGGAGGGAAAAGACAGACGGUAAAGGAGAACGGAAGGAAGGCAAAGCAGAAGCUCAACUUCGCCACCUCCUCCGGCUGCAGGACUGACGAGGAGUUGGAGAGGCCCGAUGCCAGUGACCAGCCAACCAACAGCACCUCCUGGUCUGAGAUGUGCUCGAUGGUGAUUGGCUCCGACUACUGCCUUUCACCGCUAAGCCCGGCCAUGGAGCAGAGGCUCAUCCUGCAGUACCUGACGCCGCUCGGAGAUUACCAGGAGUUGCUUGCCGUCUUCAUGCAGUUGGACACCCGGUCGUUGCUGAUGAACUACAUAGACCUCAGGCAGACCAAGAAUGUCCAGCUCAUCUUUGAUGCACUCCUGUACCUCGCCUCACUUCUGCUCCACAAAAAGUUUGCGGCGGAGUUCAUCACUCAUGGCGGAGUGCAGAAACUCCUGGAGAUCCCGAGGCCUUCUAUGGCAGCAACUGGAGUUUCACUCUGCUUGUACUAUCUGGCGUACAACCAAGACGCUAUGGAGAGGGUGUGCAUGCUCCCAGACGGCGUGCUGUCGGACAUGGUGUCCUACGCUCUGUGGCUGCUGGAGUCGUCCCACGCGUCAGGCGUCUGCCACGCCACCAUGUUUUUCUCCAUUUCUUUCUCCUUCAGGGCGGUGCUGCAGCUCUUUGACCACCAGGACGGCCUGCGCAGGCUUAUCAACCUGGUCAGUACUCUGGAGAUCCUUAACGCAGAGAAUGAGGUGUCCGUAAUGAGCGAUGACCUGGUCUUCUCCAGCAGACAGACAGCCAAACAUACCUGCAUGGCCCUGCGCAGGUACUUUGAGGCUCACCUGGCAGUAAAGGCUGAACAGGUGAAGCAGUCCCUGCACACUUCAGACGAAGGUACCAUUGUCCCCCAGCAGCCGUUUUACAAGGCAUAUACGUACACCAGAGAACAGGUUAUUGAGAUGAUGGAGUUUCUCAUCGAGUGUGGACCUCCUCAGCUCCACUGGGAAGCCGUCGAGGUUUUCUACAAGUUGUCCUGUGUUCCUUUAAUGCUGCAGCUCAUAUCUACAGCCUGUGACUGGAGGACUUACUAUGGCAGGAGUGACACAGUGCGUUAUGCCUUGGACAUCCUGGCCAUCCUGACGGUGGUUCCUAAAGUCCAGCUGGUGCUAGCGGACACUGUAGACGUUCUGGACGAAACCAGGUCGCAUGUUUCCACUGUGGGUAUGAGCAUCAUCCUUGGUGUUGCAGAGGGCGAGGUGUUUGUCAAUGAUGCUGAGAUCCAAAAGUCUGCGCUACAAGUGAUAAUAAACUGCGUGUGCGCUCCAGACCAGAGCCUGAACACUGUGGGUGCUUUUGCUGUCGCCCCCCUCAGGCCGUCCCUCAAUCCCCAGCAGCCCCCCACCCCCCACAACAGGGUGCUGGCUCACAUGUGGCAAGUAGUGCAGAACAACAAUGGUAUAAAGGUGCUUCUGUCUCUGCUGUCGGUGAAGAUGCCCAUCACAGAUGCAGACCUGAUCCGUGCUCUGGCCUGCAAGGCUCUGGUUGGGCUCUCUCGCAGCUCAGCGAUCAGACAAAUCAUCAGCAAACUACCACUGUUCACCAGCAGCCACAUUCAACAGCUGAUGAAGGAGCCAGUGCUGCAGGACAAACGCAGUGAGCACGUCCGGUUCUGCCGCUAUGCUGCCGAGAUGACCGAGCGAGUGUCUGGCAAGCCUCUCCUCAUGGGUACCGACGUCUCAUUGGCUCGUCUGCAGAGGGCCAACGUGGUUGCCCAGUCACGGAUCACCUUUUCUGAGAAGGAACUCCUCGUGCUGAUCAGGAACCACCUCGUGGCUAAAGGGCUCCAUGACACGGCGAACACGCUCAUUAAAGAGGCCAAUUUAUCUGCAGGGUCCCUCUGUCCGAACUCUUCCUCCUGCGUCACCCCUCCCCCCUGCUCCUCAGUGAUUCCCAGGACUUGCCGGCUAGCUGGUGGGAUUGCAGCUCGUGUUGCCGGCCAUGUUGGAACUUCUCCUGUGUCCUCAGUUGCUGCAGUCCCCGCCAGCUCUCUUUCGUCUUCUCGUGCCCUUGUCCCUCCUCACCCCUCGUGCUCCUCUUUGUCUACGUCUGCCCUCCCCCCUCCUCCGCCUAAUCAUCCUCAUGGGCAGGGCUCACAUCCGGUUGGCCGGAUUUUGUUCACACGGGAGCGCCCAGUGGCCAGUUGCAACUCAGGAAAAAAACUUCGUGCACUUAAACAGAAGUCUGACCACGGUGCUUUCAUACAGACUCCAGCCAUGAAGAAGCAGCUGGAACGCCACCUUCCUUCCCCCCCGACCCUUGACAGCAUCAUCACGGAAUACCUGAGGGAACAACACGCGCGCUGCCCCAAUCCUGUCACCACCUGCCCCCCCUUCUCCCUUUUCACCCCCCACCGAUGCCCUGAGCCCAAGCAGAAGCGACAGGCAUCGCCCAACUUCACCGCCCGCCUGGGGAGCAGGGUUCUGUACCCGAAAUAUGGAGGCGUGGACAGAGGGUGUCUGGAUAGACAUCUGAUAUUUAGCCGGUUUCGUCCGAUGUCAGUCUUCCACGAGGGCGACGGAGACGAGAGCGGUUUCACCUGUUGCGCCUUCUCAGCCCGCGAGCGUUUCCUGAUGCUGGGAACCUGCUCGGGUCACCUCAAAUUCUACAAUGUCUUCUCUGGAGAGGAGGAGGCCAACUACACCUGCCACACUUCAGCCAUCACACACCUCGAACCUUCCAGGGAUGGGAAAUUGCUGCUUACUUCUGCUUCUUGGAGCGUCCCCUUGUCUGCCCUCUGGAGUAUGGAUGGUGUCUUUAGCAUGAAAAACUCAUUUGUAGAUGACCACUAUGUCGAGUUCAGUAAACUCUCUCAGGACCGAGUCAUCGGCACCAAGGACCAAGUCGCACAUAUCUACGACAUCCAGACGGGUCAGAAGACUCUGACCCUGAAUGACCCUGCCCUGGCCAAUAACUACAAGAGGAACUGCGCCACCUUCAACCCCACCGACGACCUGGUGCUAAACGAUGGGGUGCUGUGGGACGUGCGGGCGUCACGGGCCAUCCAUAAGUUCGACAAGUUCAACAUGAACAUCAGUGGGGUUUUCCAUCCCAACGGGCUGGAGGUCAUCAUCAACACUGAGAUUUGGGACCUGAGGACCUUCCACCUCCUGCACACUGUCCCCGCACUGGACCAGUGCAGGGUGGUCUUCAACAGCAACGCCACCAUUAUGUAUGGAGCAAUGCUGCAGGCCGAUGAUGAGGAUGAUGCUAUGGAGCAGCAGAUGAAGAGUCCCUUUGGCUCGUCCUUCAGAACCUUUGAUGCUACAGACUACAAGCCCAUUGCCACGGUGGACGUAAAGAGGAACAUCUUUGACCUGUGUACUGACACCAAAGACUGCUACCUGGCUGUCAUUGAGAACCAGGACACAGUGAGCUUGGACAUGGUGUGUCGUCUCUACGAGGUGGGACGACAGAAGCUGGCAGAAGAGGGAGACGACGAUGACCAGGAUGAUGAAGACCAGGAUGAUGAUGACUCUUCGGACACAGACGACGACGAAGAUGACGAUGACGAUGAUAUGGACACGGACCCGCUCAUAGAGGAACUGGCCAAUAACAACAACCCAGAAAACGGGGGCCGAGCCAACUCUCCCACAGAUGAAGAGAUUGCAGAUCUUCUCGGCAGCAACAGCGACGAUGACAACAAUGAUGACAAUGAUGAUGACGACGACGAGGACGACGACUCAGAAGACUCAGACCAUUCGUAUAGAAGUGAUGAGGGAUCGGAUUCAUUUGACCCCGACAACACAGAUUACUACCCAGAACAAUCAGAUGAUGAGGAAUCUCAGCUCCUUCAGUUGAUCCGCGACAGAUGGUUCUCCUGACCUGGGGGGAAGAUGCUCCUCUGCAGACAAUGUGGACCUCAACGAGAACUUUUUUUUUAAACCAUCAUUUCUCAUUUAAUCAGGCAAGUUGACUGUGAACACACUGAUAUGCACAUCAGUGUCCUGGAGGGUAAAAUGAGAAUCUGUAAUAUUUUCUCUCUAUAUAUAUUUUGAGCUUCAGAGAGACGACAGUGAUGACGAAUAAAUCUUUCCCAAAGAUCCCGGGGCUCAGAUACACACACUGACCUUUCCCCUGACCUGGAGUAUCUGUGCAAAUUUUGAAUGAAAAAGGAUUUCUAAUGUUUUACCUGGCUCUGACUCUGAUGGUGCAAAUAUUGAACACGUUUUUUUCAUGUUUUAUCAAACUUUUUUUUUUUUUUGGUCACCUCCAUAUUGAGCGCACAGUUGCAUUCGAUGACCACUAAGGAAAGUAAAUUGAUUCAUCCAGUUUUAGUAUAAAAUCCAUAAAACUUUUUUUUUUUCCCAUAAAUUGGAAUUAAAUUUACAUAAAAAUUGUGCAGUAGGGCUUUUUCCACUGGCCACACUGUCUGGUAUGUCCUUGUGCUGGAGGUACCGUCAGCUUAUUCCCACAGUGCAGCAGUCAGCAGUCCCCAUUCCUCCAUACGCAGUGACUUUUGUUUUGUUGAACAUAUUGAACAUUUUUCAAAUGCUUGACCGUAGCUAAAAGCCAAAUAUUCACGUGUGAUCUGUGUGGAGCCACAGCAGCUGCCAAUUUCAUUUAGUUUUCCUCAUUUUACGGCUAAAAAAAAAAACCACUUGGAUACCAGUGUAUAUUUUUGAACCUAAAAGAUAUCCUUAAAUAUAUGAAUUAAAAUGAGAUAAACUAAAGCUCAGUCUGGCCAUGGAUCAGGAUGGUUCCUUGACCCAGUUGGAUCACAGAGAUUAUUUCGAAACAAAGAAAUGCCUCCAUGUUUUCAUGCACUUAAAAAAAAAAAAAAUCCUCUUUAAUCAUCAAGUAAGACACUUGGCCACCUCUCUGCUUUAAGCCAGCAGUUUGUUGCCCCCUUUGACCAUCAGAUCAAGUCGUUCCUCCAAGUCCUCUCUGGUUUUAACAGCAGGUUUCUGGCUAAACGAUCGGCCCAUUGCUCAGGUGAACCGGUCACUAUGAGGCAUAAUUUUGUUUCCGAGGAAACUCAAAUCACAGCGAUGCAUUUUUACAAGGUGAACUUAGAUGUGGCAGUGUUUCUUUUGUAUUGGCUUAUGUUUUUCAGUCAGUCAGAUCAUUCUGUUUAAUUUAAGUCAUUUUGUGUGAUUUUUUUUAUUUUAUUUUUUUAUUUUAAUUUAAUUUAUUCUGGUCUAUCUUGAUGGGGGUUGAAGGCUUUUACAUUUUUUGUGAGAGAGAGAGAGGGAAUUUUUUUGUUACUGAUUGGUGAAGUGGAACCACGGCCUGAGCCUUUAAAAGACUGAAAAUCCAUUAAAUUAUCGAUGCAAUUUUGUGCCUCUAGAAGUCUCAAUUUUCUGAGAACAGAAAACCUGCAGAGCUCUCAGUAAGUUACCGUGUCAACAGCGUGUGGACAAGAGGAAUACUUUGGGAAAAUCAGGGUUACGCAGGUCAUGUCUGUUGGUUGGUUCGUAGCAGCUGAUAAUGUUAGCUGACAAGAAUAUCCCUCUAUAUGUGAUAAAACUGCAGUAAAACACGUUCAAGUUUUAAACUGUCCUACACUAUGCAGUGAUUGUUACUUUAGAUGUGGCUUUUUCCACUGACGCCUGAAUUAUCUGUAGUAACCUGUAAAGAUGUGAAUAUGAAAACCUCAUUUGUUUCUUUAUUAUUUAAUAUGUCAGCUGCUAUUGUCAAAUUAUUAUUAACACGGUAACUUGCUUAGGAAGGAAUAAACAUAGUGUAAAUUAUAUUAUCAGGCAGUCAUUCCAUUAUCAGCUGCUACAGGGUUUCAUAAGACACAAGGUGGGAAUGUUCCAGUUAGAAUCAUCAUCAGUGGUCAAACUUUGACAUUAAUAAUAAUAUUAGAUCUUUGAUUUCAUUUUUUUUUUUUUUUUCAGAUACUUAAACAAAUUGUCUCUGAAGUACAGAAAAUAGUGGGUGUCUUCAUUACGGGUCAACUACUCGGCCACCUACGGACUAUUUGAGUCCACAAUAGGCUGUCGAUGCUUUAAAUGACAUUUGCUGUGCCGCUAUGAAGCAGCGACAGAUUUCACAGCGAUUGUUAAGGAUUGUUCUGCCGAUAAACCAGUCAGCUCAGCUGCUGUCGGAUGAAACUUCACAGCUCUGGUCAAGACGUGGAACCUUGUUUUCAGAGCGAUUCCCGAAGUUUGGGUUGUGGAUGGACGUUCCUCCGGCCCGAAAGGCCGUGUACACAUCAUGUUGGUGUCUGCCACUUACAACCUAAAUUCAUGUACAAUAAAAAAAGUCAAAAAACCCCAAAA